CGCGUAUUAGGAUAUUUAUAUCCGAUCUCGGCGGCGCUAUCCGUCUGGGCUUUGUGCUGCUGUGCCUUCUGCCUUCCGCACGCGUCGGCCAUUCAACCGCCGGCGGCCGGUGCUCUCGGCUCGGCCUCUGCCUUCCGCACGCGUCUCCCAUACACCGGCCGGCGCUCUCGGUCUCGGCUUCUGCCUUCCGCACGCGUCGCCCAUCGCAACGGGAAAAACGAUUCUAGACUAUUUAUCCAUCCAUUGAGAUGUUGGCUCACGGUCUAGCAACCGAUCCGCCGAGGACUUUGCGAUGUCCAGUUACUUCAAGGGUGUCAAGUGCGCCCUUGGGACUUGUCUCUUCGUUGAGUUUCAACGGGGGAUGCAUGGAAAAGAAUAAGAUUUUCAUCAAUGUGGAUAGAUACACAAAGUAUAGGGCUCCUUUCUGUUACACGCAGAGAAAUGCUAGAGUCACACCACUGGCAACUGCAUCAUUUGGUGACAUGGCCGACUCUUCGACUCCCAUCUUUCCUCGAAUCCACGUGAAGGAUCCAUUUCAGCGACUUGGAAUCAGCAGGGAAGCAUCUGAAGAAGAAAUUCGAGCUGCAAGAAACUAUCUGAUAAGCAAGUAUGCAGGCCAUAAGCCAAGUGUUGAUGCAAUUGAGUCUGCCCAUGACAGGAUUAUCAUGCAGAGUUUCUUUGAUAGGAAAAAACCAAAAAUGAAUCUCAAGAAAAAAAUUAGGGAACUGAGUCAGUCACGUGCGGUCAAGGCUAUUCAAGGAAGAUUUCAAACACCACCGAGCAAAGUCAUUUGGCAGACAGCAAUUACAUUUGUCUUGCUUGGAGCACUUACCCUUGCUUUUCCUACUGAAGAAGGACCAACUCUUCAGGUGGCCAUCUCUUGUGCAGCAAACAUCUAUUUCAUUUAUAAGAGGAUCAGAAGUGGAUGGCGAACAUUCUUUUAUGGGCUUGGAUCUUUCUUUGCUUCCUGGUUUCUUGGCACCUUCUUGAUGGUUUCUGUAAUUCCUCCUAUAUUGCCUGGUCCUAGAAACUUGGAAGUGAGCACCGCAUGUGUCACUUAUGCGCUUCUUUUUGUAUCAUCAACCUUCCUGAAGUAGGAGAUCUUCAUAUUUCCAUGGUAGCCCAUAGUCCUGCAGCAGUCGUCAACAUGGUAUCCUGCUUCAAAUAGCUUGUACAAUUCAUCGGCUCCUUUAUUUGUUUCUCAGAGUUGGAAAUGCUAGUUCUUUUGGCGAGUUGAUACUUGAUAGCAGUUCUCAGGUUGUAAUGUGAGAUGUAGAACCUUUUUUGCCCUUGCCCUUGAUAUCCCUUAAAGCAGAGAGUCUAAAACCUCAUGUAGGCAUUUUGGUUGCUGUAUCAAAUGCUGCUUUUUCUUUGGAUUGAUCAUAUGAGAUAAUAUUUAUGCGGAUUGAAAUGCUGAAGUAAGCUUACGGUUCCA